CUCUCUAGGAAUCCAUAGAGCUGCAUUGGCUCUUUAGGUUAACUACUGGGAUCUGGACAACCAUAAGAAAACAAUAUUCUAGGGUUGUCACAAAAGAAAGUAUGCCAAUAUGAAAGACAUAUAAGUGGUCAGUAUAGAGUAUAUAGAAACACUGCUGCUCAGUGCACAAUGCUCACCAAAGCAUUGUUCAAGAUGGUCAGAGCUCAACAGACAUGGUGGCUGGGCGUGCAUCCUACUGGAGCUGCGUCGACGGUGAGUCGGAGAUGAUUGCACACCUGCAAUCUGUGUUCUUGACCAGCGGUGAUCUUGAUGUUGAUCCCAACCUCUGUUACUCCAACGGUUGUUUCAGUUUAUCUAGCUACUCGCCCUUAUCUCUUGUCGACGAUGAGAGCUGCGGCGCAGGAGCAUCGGUGGACGUUGCACUGAGUGUGGCUCUUGAUCACCAAUUUGACACCCUCGCUUCAGCGAACGGUGUAAAGCUAGGCAACAAGAGGAAAGUUCAGACUUGUGAGCAGAUGAACCAUGGCGAGGAAGCCCAUGCCGUUCCCUCGGCAACGAGACCUCGUAAGAAGUCUGGAAAGGACUCGCAAUGUUGCUACGCAAAGAAGAGGAGACAGAGGAUCAAUGAGAGGCUGAGGUUGCUUCAAGAGAUAAUUCCUAAUGGCACAAAGGUCGACAUCAGCACAGUGUUGGAGGAGGCAGUCGAGUAUGUGAAGUUUCUGCAUCUGCAAAUCAAGCUGUUGAGGUCGGAUGAGAUGUGGAUGCAUGCGCCCCUCGCCUACCACGACAUCAACAUCGGCGUCCAUCUCAGCCCCUAGCCGGCACAAGAAUGAUAAUGCACAAUGAAAUUGUUCUUUCUUUUUCUUUUGUGAGGAACACAAUAUGAAACUAUUCAUAUUCUAAACAAUAUUGGAAGGAUUCAUCUUUACAAUCAUUGUACGUUGCCAUGUUGUUUCUCUCUUGCUUUUUUUCAUUCUGAAAUAUGUUUCGCCUUGGCUUUCAA